AUGAUGAACGACAAGCGGAUUUCCAGAACUGGAAACUUCAGUUUUGAUGAAGAAGCAGGGAACAAAGACAAGGCCCUCUUCCAUGAAGCCCACCAUGUCAAUUUGAAGGUGGUGCAGUGGUCAGGUAUACUAACCAGCAUGCUGGAAAUGUGGGAUCAAUUGAAGCCCAACUCUAAUGCCUUGAGAUCUGUUUCUUCCUCAGGUCGACAUCAGAUAGUCGGUCCAUCUCAGCCUGUGGUUGCACUAGUUGGUGAUGACAUCAUUUUACUAUGCAACCUCAAACCUGCCAUGAAUGUUUUAGACAUGACUGUCGAGUGGGCAAGACCUGACCUGGACCCCAGAUUUAUUUAUGUAUGGCGUGAUGGUGUGGAACUAGAGAGUAAAAAACAUCCAUCCUACAGAGGAAGAACAUCUUUGUUCAUUGGCAAACUAAAGUUUGGUGAUAUUUCACUGAAACUCUCCAAAGUGAAGAUCACGGAUGAGGGGAGAUACAGAUGCUUCAUUCCAGAUUUCAAGCUUGAGUUUGUUAUUGACCUUGUUGUUGGUGCUGUCUCCUCACCUGUCAUAUUUAAUAUUGACAGAACCACCAGUGGAGUUGUUUUAGAGUGUGAAUCUAAAGGCUGGCAUCCUGAGCCUGAGGUGUUCUGGCUGGACGGUGAUGGAAACGUCCUCUCUGCUGGACCUACAGAGACAGUCCAAGGUCCUGAUGAUCUCUAUACUGUCAGUAGUAGAGUGACUGUGGAGAAAAGACACAGCAACAACUUCACCUGUAAAGUCGAACAGAAAAACAUCAACCAGACCAGAGAGACAAAUAUUCAUAUUUCAGCCAGUUUCUUCACUGUCCAACCAAGUUCAGCUGUUUGCAUCUUUUUUGUCAUUAUUUUGGUUAUUGUCCUUUUGUGUAGUUCUGCAGUUGCCUUUGCAUGGUGGAAAUGGAGAAAAGGAAGAAAAAAAAAAACAAUACAAAACCUGCAACUCGAGUCUCUGAAACAAAAAGACGAAGAGCAGCAUGGAAAAGACAAACUGGAGGAUCAGAACAGUUAGCACUACACUGAGGUAGUUUGCCUUUUAACUGUAAGUGUGAAUUGUAAUCACUACAAAAAGCCCAUAAACUCUGUUCAUAGGUAGGUAGAGAUGCUGUGGUUAUUCUGCACAUGCUUUGUUGUUGUUCAAUAUAGACACAUUGUUAAAAGGUAUGUUGAGACAACAAGCACAAAUAAAAACUACCCCUUACUGUGACAUUAAAAACAAAAACAAAAAACCUAUUGUCUUCAUUUUCUGGUAUUUAUUAAUUAGUGAGGCACACUUAAAAUGCACCUUUUCCCACUUUUUUCUUUUUUAAAGAAAUGUGCCAACCAUCUUUACAAAGUUAUGACUAUUGGGUGAUAAACCACACACUGUACAAUCAAACCAAACUUUUUUUUUUUUUUACACUUGCUUACUUUUAGCUUAAUUUUGUACAAGUUCUCGGCAUGCAAUUUUAAUAUAAUCUUUAUUUCGUAACACUGUGUCACCUCUGACAGCCAGCCAGCUUCCUGGUGAUGCUCCAGCAUCAGAGAUGCUGCAUUUGUAGAUGCCUUCGUAAGACUUGGAAACAUUCUUAAUGGUCAAUUCUUCUGCAUGAUUUUUCGCCAUGAGGAUGUCAUCUUUGUAGAAAUAAGUGAGGUUGAUGGAAGUUGCCUUCUUUCUGCAGCGUAGAGUCACAGUGUCUCCCUCCAUCAUAGGAAGAGCAGGACUUUCCAAGAUUACAGAACCAGCUAAAUGUUGAUAAAAUUGAAUGUUAUGUACAAUCCUUACUCACAAUAUAAAAUAAUACAGAUUUACUUAUGGUAAAAAAUGUAGCUCUAGUUAAAAAUACAGAUGCAGGAAUAUAUGUGGUAACAUGCACAAAUUCAGCAAUAAAUUCAAUUAUAAAUCAGAAAUAAAAUAGUAUGUAGUGCAUAUCGAUGAAUAUUAGUCCUUAACAUCUACAUGCUAAACAUGUAUACGACAACAUCUAAAUAUUAUCAAUUUUAACCCGUCUACCAAACAAAUUUAACAUUUUAACAAUUUCGGGACAACUUCCUUUAAACAUAAAUUGUAUACAUUGUGUUAUAUUGCAAUGUUAUA